AUGGAGUAUUUUACAAAUCGCUCUGGUCUACAAUUAACUUACAGCAUCUCUAUAAAAUAUCCAAACGUUCAAAGAAUUUACAUCAUUUGUCCAAUGUGGCCUACAGAAAUAUUUUUUCUCUCUGAAUUUAUAUACGAGAACUUAGAUGCGAAUGUAUUUAAAUUUUAUUUAACUGGAACUGGGAGUAGUCAAGGAGAAAAUACAUAUGCUGGCAAUUUGCGAGACGCAGAUGAUAUUGACGAUGCUGUGAAAUUUUUAAUUGAAAGAGGAUAUUCAUCAUUGUCGCUUAAAAUAAAGGGUAUUUCAUUCCUUAACUUUCAAUUUCUGGUAUUAUAAGGUUAGGUAUUUACUCAUUAAGUUCUUGAACAAGAGGAAGAAAAUGGUGAGGAUUCUUUUAACCUCACAUCCUUUGUGAAUCUCGCCUUUUACCUCUUUCACUGCUGACAUUAAAGUAUGACCCUUAGGCGCCAGAAGGAAACCGGAUAAAACGAGGCAGGCAGCUGCUACACCUCUGAAAUCCUGGAAUAUGAGGAGCGAGUAGUACUGCGAGGCCAGACAUGCUAGCGAGAAAUCCACAAAUUGAAAAAAAUUGAUGCUGUGCCUAUAGCGGCCCAACUAGAGGUUAAGUUAAGUUGAAUAAAAAAUUAUAUAUAUAAGAGGAUAUUCAGUUGAAGGAAUUAUUGGAAAUGCGAAAUUUGGGACCAGUGCAAUUAUUUAUUCAGCUAUAUAUGGCGAUGUAAAAACUAUUAUCUCAUUGUCUCCAAAGUACGAUUUUAGUCUACUUCCACCAUUUAUAAAAGAUAAUUAUGAAUCAAUUAGAAUCAACGGCGAAAUAAUACAUACUGCGCUUGGAAAAGAAUGGAAAUGCACGUGAAAUAUGAUCCAAGAGAUGAUGAGUCUUGACAUGAAAUAUUAUUGCCAUAAGGCUAAAGGCAGCAUUUAUAUAAUACAAGGAGACCAGGAUCAAAUUUGCCCUUUUGCAGAUUCAAUAGAAUUUGAGAGGGAACUAAAAGAAAAGUGCAGAGGGAGAUUUGUGCUAAAUUGUGAUGAGUUUUUUAUCGGAGUCUUUGAUGAGGUUGUAGAGAUUAUAGAAAAAAUCAUUUAUGAGAAUUAA